AUGAUAAGUCAUGAUGGUUCCUAUUAUUUCAUUUCUUUGGUGAAGUUGCUAUCGAUAAACUAUUUUUUCAACUUUUCUUUUUCAAAAGAAACUCCCCAACAUUUAAAGAGUUUAAAUCAGAUUAAGGCUACAGUAUCAUUUUGAUGUUAUAGUAGAAUUCCUAGUUUAUAGAAGUAAAACCAAAAAUUUUAUUUUAGACCAUUUAAUUGGUUAAAAAAGACUGUGUGUCUAUUUUGAGAAACUUAUUAGAUACGAAUCUUUGA